UCAGAUCACCUUGGACUAGUGUCUUACACCUAAUCUACAGGCAUUUCAUUUGUGUAUAAAAGCAUCACAUCUGGUCGAUAAAGAACAGUAUCCAACAGCCUCUAAAAUGAACAAGGUAUUGAUCACCCUCGCUCUUCUUCUUGCCGUUACCAUGGCCGCGCCCCAAGGAAGAUUCUUCGGCGGCGGUUUGUUCGGACGUCCAGUUGUAGGACUCCGCCCCAUUGGUGGUGGAUUUGGUGGACUUGGUGGACUAGGUGGAUUAGGAUUUGGCGGCAGUGGAAGCGGUGCCGGUGCUGGAACAGGAUCAGCUGGUCUUGGAGGCGUUUCAGCCUCAGGAGUUGCCCUAUCUAACGCUCAGAACGGUGGAUUCAGCACUUCCAGCGGAAGCGGACUCGCCGGCUCAAACUUCUUCACCGGACAGAAUUUCGCUACUGGUGAUGGAAGCAGCCAAAGCUCCGGCAAAUAAUUUAUUUCAAUUCUGACCAACCGCACACAUACAAUUGUAAAAACAUUGGAGAAACACAAUAAAUAUUUACUUUAUUCAA